AUGAUUCUCGCUAUUACAGCUACCGUAACGUCUGUGCCAUUACCAAGCUCAGCCAUCGAAUGUCACCUACGUCAUUUAGUGGCACCGUGCGCGUGCUACAACCCGGUCGAAAAGCACAUAAUUGUGGGUUGCCAAAAUGACAACAUGGACAAUAACGAUAUUAGACGAAUGUUUUACUUAAUGACCCAAAAGUUUGUUUUGGAAACACUGGAAGCGGUAUACCUACGCUCACCAACUGUCACGGAAUUGUACUCAACACUAUUGUCCGGUGUUCGCACCAAGAGCAUCUACAUCGAAAAUAUGUACUCGCUGAAAACCAUCGACAUCAACGCGUUUAAUGGGACCGAAAAGGACAUACAGCGCCUGGAGAUCCGAAACACACCUGUAGGUCAAUCGCUGGGCCCUAAGCACGAUAUGCUCAAGAUCAUCGAUAAGAUGGAUAACUUGGAGCACGUGAUCAUUAGUAAUACGAGUCUUGAAACGGUGAGUCAAUUCGCAUUUCUUAAUAAAGAAAAAUUACGUGAAAUUCGAAUGACCGGGAACAAAAUUAAACGCAUUGAACCUGUUGCAUUUCAAAACCUGCCACAAUUGAGCGUGCUUGAUUUAAGCAACAACACCAUUGAUUAUAUUGGUACAAGAGCAUUUGUCCUAAGUUUUGAACCCACCCCCGAUGUUAAGGAACUGGAACUCCGGUUAGACAACAAUAAUCUGAAUGAUAGGUCAUUUGAUGGGGAGCACGUGUUUGAUAGUAAUUAUGGUACGAGUUUUAAUCCCGCAGUAUGGUUGGUAUUGGAUGGCAACAAUUUGAUUAAUACUCUGAGCAAGGACAUAUUUAUGCCGUACUUUAAUGCCAACCCAAUGAAUACAAUAACAGUGAACAUAGAGUGCGGUGAUUGCAGUAACUAUUGGUUAGUGUCCGGUGCUGUCGAUCGUAAGCAUACCCUAGAGAUCACGUGUUAUGGCGACCAUAAGGAUAUAAAGUCCUAUGAUUGGUCAAGUGUAACCUUUCGGACGGUGACAGUACCCAGGUACAGUUUAGUCAUGGCUCACCUAAUAUUUAUCUGGUCACAUAUAAUCCCUGGAAUUGAUAAGAAACUCUGGUAUCAACACAGGUUUGUCAACGACCUUAAAAUCCAGUUCUUAUCACGAGCUACCGGUGCUUUGAGUGCCAGUUUUGGCCAGUUUUUGUGCCAACUCUUGUACGACUUUAGUGUCUUUGAGAUCAUUUCUGUCAAACACCCGGUGUUUGUAAUACCGGAGCACUUGUCCGCUGGGGUCGAGUCCAUACAGUUGCGGUCCUAA